UAGUAACUGAUAUCUCAGAAUAUCAAAAUGGCGUGUAACGGUACUUGAACGAUUAGUUGGAUCGUAUUUUGAUGUAGUGCAGUGUUAAAUUCCUCGCAUAAAAUUUGUACAUAUUCAAGAUUGGUAUCUUUCGUCGUGAAAAAAGUAGUUUUUAUAAAAGAAAAGAAAUAUUAUGAUACUGCUAUCGCGGAUCUAAUCGUAGGUAGUUAUUCCCAUCUCGUAUUGCAAGGUAUAAAACUCGAUAAUGCAGGAAAUCCUUCUGGCAGCAUUCUCCGUGAUAACGAGUCUACUGAUCGUAUUUGGCCUCGUAUUAUUGGGCUGGUACUUAGUUUGGAAGUUCUUCCUAUCGCGAUUCCGAUUUGUACGUGAAUUACUCGGUGGAAUGAGCGAGUCUCCAUCCGUAAAUGAUUUGAAGAGUGCUCGUUCUCGUAUCAAGAAAGUUCGUCGUGAAUAAGUUCUGCGCUGUGCAAUAGAAUAAUUGAUUUGUGAUAAAGUAUCAUUAAAGAGCAGAGUUUAGAUCUAAUCUGGAAUAAUAUUAAAAGGAAACAUCAAAAUGUCUAUAAACAUACGGUGUGCAAACACGGAUGAUCUGUUGAACAUACAACAUUGUAAUUUACAAUGUUUGCCGGAAAAUUAUCAAAUGAAGUAUUAUCUUUAUCAUGCUUUGUCUUGGCCACAAUUGAGUUACGUAGCAGAAGAUGAAAAAGGAAGAAUAGUCGGAUAUGUUCUCGCAAAGAUGGAAGAAGAUUGUGAAGAUAAUCCACAUGGACACAUAACCAGUUUAGCUGUGAAACGAUCUCACAGAAGGCUUGGUAUUGCACAAAAACUUAUGAAUCAGGCUUCCAGAGCAAUGGUCGAGUGCUUUGGUGCAAAUUAUGUAUCCCUACAUGUACGUAGAAGCAAUCGAGCAGCUUUAAAUCUAUACAUAAGCAGUUUAAAUUUUGAAAUUUCCGAAGUAGAACCGAAAUAUUAUGCUGACGGCGAAGAUGCUUACGCCAUGAAGCGUGAUCUUAAAUUUUUCCAUUUGGAAAAGGAAAGUGUAUUUAAUGAUACUUAUAUGGACAUUCAUGCCGGUAGAUGCUGCGAUCAUUCAUAGUUGGAUUGGAAUAUUUAUACACGCUUGUAUAUAAAUUGAUCAUUGAACAUAUUGUGAUGUAUUACAUUAACAUCAUGCCAUAGUAUUUUAUGUUAUUUUCGAUCAAGAAUCACACAUGAAACAAAAAUGAAAGAAAAUGUUGAAUGAUUUAUUCUAAUCAACUGAAUGUUCAAACAAUGCAUCAUCGACAAAAUUUCAACAUAAACAUAAACAAACAAAAAUUAUGCAAAAUGUCGUUGGAAAUGUUUUAUAUAUUAUUAUGAAGAUAUCUGUUAGUGUUUAAAAGUAGGAAUUGAAGGUGUUAUCGAAUUGAUUCUAUGUUCUAUGGUGCAUACUUGAUUGAUAGUUUGUAACAGAAACAACAAAUAUUGCCUGUAAUUACUUUUAAAUACAAUGUACUUGAAACAUGUAAUUUUUAAUAUGCAAAGUAUCUCAGGAAAAUAUAAAUCUUCUCUUUAAAUGUUAGGCAUUAUUGUUAAUCUUUAUUUUUUAACCAAAAUUAUUCACUUGAGAAGAAUAUCAAGAAGACGUGUACACAAAUUAUUAAACUUUUUUCUUUUAAAGGAAAGAGGAGAAACGAAGGCGUGCACCUAUAAGAAUAAAAAUCGAUUCUGCAAAUUAUUUAGUGAUAUUUUGAAAUUUAUUCAUUCGUUCGAAACAAAAUUCGUGGCAAAUUCGAUAAAUGCAUCCUGUAAAUACUUCUUCGAGUACAAUUUGACACUUAAAAAUUACAUCUGGCAUUGCACGAUUCUUGAAUACGUUAACUCCACUGUUGCAUUUGGCUAUCAUAUUCUUGUAUUCUAUUUUGUGUAUACAUAUAUGUCGCUUUUAAUAGGAUUAAUUAUAAUAAUGUGUAUAAAUACGUCUAUUUACAUUAAAACGAUCUUAAAACAACGCGAUUGAUUGAUCCAUUCCGUAAUACAUGCUGCCCGAAUAAUAACUUAAAACGUUCACGUACAUAAAGUAUCUUAUGGGAUCGUAAGUAUCAUCAGGAACAAAGUCGUUGGUGUUCGUAUGUAGUUCGUUUGAUUCUUAAGCACAACAAGAACAUUUAAAAGAACGUUUGUCAACGUUAAA